ACCUUUUUAUUUUUAAUUUCCUCAGGCUGCGGAUUUAAGCAAACCAAUAGACAAACGGAUCUACAAAGGGACGCAACCCACGUGUCAUGACUUUAAUCAUCUCACAGCAACGGCAGAGAGCGUCUCACUGCUGGUCGGGUUCUCUGCCGGACAGGUCCAGCUUAUAGACCCCAUCAAGAAGGAAACCAGUAAGCUAUUUAACGAGGAGAGGCUAAUAGACAAGUCCAGAGUAACCUGUGUAAAAUGGGUCCCAGGCUCGGAAAGCCUAUUUCUUGUAGCUCAUUCCAGUGGAAACAUGUACUUGUAUAACGUGGAGCACACGUGUGGUACAACAGCACCCCAUUACCAGCUACUGAAACAAGGAGAAAGCUUUGCUGUUCAUACAUGCAAGAGCAAAUCCACAAGGAACCCUCUACUGAAAUGGACUGUGGGAGAGGGAGCCCUCAACGAAUUUGCAUUUUCCCCAGAUGGGAAGUUCUUAGCUUGCGUAAGUCAAGAUGGUUUCCUCCGGGUGUUCAACUUUGAUUCCGUAGAAUUGCAUGGUACUAUGAAAAGCUACUUUGGUGGACUCCUUUGUGUUUGUUGGAGCCCUGAUGGGAAGUACAUUGUAACAGGUGGAGAGGAUGACCUGGUCACCGUUUGGUCUUUUGUGGACUGUCGAGUAAUAGCCAGAGGCCAGGGUCACAAGUCUUGGGUUAGUGUGGUGGCAUUUGACCCCAAUACCACUAGUGUAGAAGAGACUGAUCCUAUGGAGUUUAGUGGAAGUGAUGAAGAUUUCCAGGAACUGAUCAGCUUUGGUAGAGACAGGGCCAAUAGUACGCAAUCAAGGUUGUCUAAACGGAACUCUACAGACAGUCGUCCAGUUAGCGUGACUUACAGAUUUGGCUCAGUAGGCCAGGACACGCAGCUCUGUUUAUGGGACCUUACGGAAGACAUUCUUUUCCCCCAUCAGCCUUUGUCAAGAACGAGGACACAUACCAAUGUUAUGAAUGCCACCAGUCCACCGGCAGGAAGUGGGGCCCCAAAUCCAGGUAGUAAUGGCAACAGCAUCACCACGCCGGGCAACACCGUACCUCCCCCUCUUCCAAGGUCCAACAGCCUUCCCCACUCUGCUGUGUCCAACACUGGCAGCAAAAGCAGUGUGGACAGCGCCAUCGCUUCUGGCGUCAGCAAGUUUGCAACCCUGUCCAUCCACGACCGCAAGGACAGGCACCACGAUAAAGACCACAAGAGGAACCACAGUAUGGGACAUAUAUCUAGCAAGAGUAGUGACAAACUCAACCUAGUUACAAAAAAUAAAACGGACCCUGCUAAAACAUUGGGACCCCUCUUUGCCCCAGGAUGGAAGACGUACCUUUGUUAGAGCCUCUUAUCUGUAAAAAAAUAGCACACGAAAGACUAACGGUGCUCAUUUUUCUUGAAGACUGUAUAGUCACUGCUUGUCAGGAAGGAUUUAUUUGCACAUGGGCCAGGCCUGGUAAAGUGGGUUUAUUAUCAUCCCAAAACCAAGCGAAUUCUCCAAGUGGAACUGUAGUAUAG